AUGAACGUUCUUAAGCUUCAGAGGAAAUUUCCUCAAUUUGAACAAGGCGACAUAUUCGGCCUUACCGAUGCCUUCCGCAGGCUAGACGUCGACGAUAAGGGCUAUAUUGACGAGGCUACCGCUAUCAAGGCCACCCAGCAAAGCGAACGACAGCCUUACGAUGUCGUUAGACAGGCUUUAAGAGAAGUUGAGCUCGACGCUUCCCGAAGAGUUGAACUCGAAGACUAUGUCGGCUUAAUCGCUAAACUACGCGAAUCCUCCCCUGCGCAACGGCGUAUGAACACUGGGGGUGCUGCGCCGGUUGCUCCUGCUGGCAUUGUAUCUCAAAGAACAGGCGGACAAGGGCAUUCCUCCAAAGGAAGCAUCGGCAAGAUUCACGUUCAAGGCUCCAGUGCUAAUGUCACUCAUACCAUCAACGAAGAUGAACGAACCGAAUUUACCCGCCACAUCAAUGCUGUCUUAGCCGGCGACCCUGACAUAGGGAGUCGAUUGCCCUUCCCGACCGACACUUUUGAGAUGUUCGACGAGUGCAAAGACGGUUUGGUGCUGGCCAAGCUUAUCAAUGACAGCGUUCCCGACACCAUCGACGAGCGUGUACUAAAUGUCCCUGGUAGGAAGGUCAAAAAGUUGAACACGUUCCAUAUGACAGAGAACAACAAUAUUGUCAUAGAGUCUGCGAAAGGUAUCGGCUGCUCAGUCGUCAAUAUUGGUAGCGGUGAUAUCAUCGAAGUUCGAGAACAUCUCAUUCUAGGUCUAAUCUGGCAGGUUAUCCGGAGAGGUCUCUUAGGCAAGAUUGAUAUUAAACUUCACCCUGAGCUCUAUAGACUGCUUGAAGAAGACGAGACGCUGGAGCAGUUUCUACGCUUACCUCCCGAGCAAAUCCUCCUACGAUGGUUCAACUAUCAUCUUAACGCAGCUGGCUGGCAUCGCCGAGUUAACAAUUUCUCGAGCGACGUAAAGGAUGGAGAGAACUAUGCAGUUCUUCUGGCGCAAAUUGGAAAAGAUUGCGGUUGUAGCAGAGCUCCUCUUCAAACGCGUGAUCUAUUACAACGAGCAGAGGAGGUACUAGUCGACGCCGACAAGCUGAGAUGCAGAAAGUUCUUGACACCGAGCUCCCUCGUAGCAGGAAACCCUAAGCUCAACCUAGCUUUUGUUGCCAAUUUGUUCAACACUCAUCCCGCCCUAGACCCGAUUACCGAGGAAGAAAAGCAGCAGGUGGAAGACUUUGAUGCCGAAGGUGAACGAGAAGCCAGAGUAUUCACAUUGUGGUUGAACAGUCUAGAUGUGCAACCCGCUGUGGUCUCCUUCUUCGAUGACCUUUGUGACGGCACCGUUCUACUUCAGGCCUACGACAAGGUUAUCAAGGGCUCGGUGAAUUGGAGACAUGUGAACAAGAGGGCGGCAAGCGGCGCCGAGUUGAUGAGGUUCAAAGCCGUCGAGAACACUAAUUACGCCGUUGAACUCGGCAAGCAGAAUGGCUUCUCGCUAGUUGGUAUUCAAGGAGCGGACAUCACAGAUGGAAAUAAAAUGCUCACACUGGGCCUUGUCUGGCAACUCAUGCGAAAGGAUAUUACUCUUACACUUUCGGCUCUAGCGCAACGUCUUGGGAAACGGGAGAUGACCGAUGCAGAGAUGGUAAGAUGGGCGAAUGACAUGUCCCGAAAAGGCGGCCGGAAUUCAGCAGUUCGGUCAUUCAAAGACCCCGCUAUUGGCAGUGGUAUCUUCUUCUUAGACGUUCUAAACGGUAUGAAGAGCAGUUAUGUUGACUACGAUCUUGUCACACCCGGACGAACCGAUGAAGAAGCAUACUUAAAUGCUAAGCUUAGCAUUAGCAUUGCCAGAAAGAUGGGAGCAACAAUCUGGCUAGUCCCCGAAGACAUCUGCCAGGUCCGGAGCAGAUUGGUUACUACUUUCAUUGGCUCACUUAUGGCGACUCACGAGAAGAUGCAGUAG